AUGGAGCGCAAGCCCUUCCCCACCGAGCAAGAGUCGUUCGGCGACGACGAGCGCGUCUCGUACAGCAAGACCACGCAGACCUACAUCCUCGAAGACGAGAACGGCAUCGAGUGGGAGUGGCUGCCAACUGUCAACAAGUGGACGCAGACGAUUUCUGAAGAAGAGAUGAUGCAGCAAGCCGAAGCCUACAAGGUGGCCGGCGUCGAUGAGCAUGCGCCCGCUCUCAACCCCGCUCAGAAGCGCAAGCAAGCCCAGCUGGAGGAUCUGGAGACUAACCCAAAGGCCGCCAAGUCUGGACCAGGAGCUGCCAAUGCCGGAACCUCAGCCAAUGCCGGAACCUCAGCCAAUGCCAAUGCCGAUGGUGCCAAUGCCGGUGCCAGUGCCUCAGCCAAUUCCGCGCCUGCCACGCGCAAGAACACCGCCAUCUGGGUCACUGGUCUUCCUACGGAUGCUAACCGCGAUGAACUCACCCAGUUCUUCGCCAAGUUCGGCAUGAUCAAGGAGUCUGUCGAAGACGACUCCAAGCGGAUCAAGAUGUACGCCGACGAAGAGGGCAACUUCAACGGCGAAGCCCUGAUCAUCUACCAGGGGCCGGAGUCGGUGGCCAACGUAAUUCGAAUGUACGAUGGCCAGCCACUUCGCCUCGGGGAUACCAGCACCAAGAUGUCCAUCCAGCCUGCCGACACCAACUACAAGUCGCAGCAGGGCAACACGGUCAAGGAGGGCGGCAACAAGCCGAAGCCCUCCAAGGCCAAGCUCAAGUCCAAGGCCGAAGACGUCAAUCGUCGCCUCCGAGAAUGGAGUGAUGACGAAGAGCCUGUCGCUACCACGAAAUCGAAGGAUGAGCAGUUCAAGAUGGUCGCGAUCCGAAACGCCUUCACGCUGCACCUCCUCGAUGAGGAUCCCGAACUCAAGAGCGGCGUCUACGACGACAUGAAGGAUGCGGGCGAGGAGCAUGGCGUAGUCAAGAACGUAACCGUCUUCGACAAGGAGCCUAGCGGUUUGGUGACGGUGCGCUUUGUUGAUGCAGCCGCUGCCCAAGCAUUCGCCGCCGCGAUCCAGGGCAGGAGCUACAACAAGGGUCGCAUCCUCCGAACCGAGCUCAUUUCGGGUAGCGAUCCCAAGUGGCAGAGAAACAAGAAGACACAGGCCGAGAAAGACGAGGAGGAGGAGAAGCGCAUCGAGGAGUAUUCCAAUUACAUCGAAGGCAAGGAAUAG